AUGGCGACGCGCAAGAAAAGUGGCGCCGGAACGAGAACUAGUAAGAGGAAAACCAAGAAGACAUCCCCACCCCCUCCCAGCCCUCUGAAGAAUUCUCCAACCACAGCGCCAAUUCUAACAAUCUCCGACCUCCCAAACGAACUACUGCUGAAAAUAUUCGCGUUCAAUAUCGAGCAAGAUCCCAACAAUCCUCAUGAACCAAGUCGUACCGCGCGAUACACUUCGCAGGUCUGCCACAGAUGGCGAAGCGUUUCCAUUAACUGUCCCGAGCUAUGGGCAGCUUCCGUCGACUUUGGAGACCCGGUGCUGUGGAUUGACGAGGUCAUAAAACGUGCAGUACCGUCCAAAAUAACCAUGAUAAUUCCCUCCGUUACCGAGAGUAUUAUGAAGAACGGGGUGCCAGAAGCCGCCCAUCCUCGACUUCGCCUCGGAGACCUCCUUAUGCGUUGGGACUGCACCAUUCAACUCGAAACCCUUCUCUUCCAAUGCAUCCACCAUCUAUCCCGCUGUCGAGAGGUCGCCCUCAAAGUUCCUGGGGGGGCAUGGUCAAGGCUUAAUUCGUUCAUGCAGGAUUUAUCGAACGUAGAAUCUUUGACCCUCGUUAGGGUCGGGGCCGAACCCCCACGUUUGCCUGAAGAGCUGCUCUUCCACGCGCCAAUCGUCAUCAGCGACGACCCGCCCCCCUGGAAGCUCCGCGCACUCGAUCUACGUGGGUGUGGGACGCGAUUCCGUUCUCCAGCAUUCUACCAGCUGGAAGAACUUACGGUCAACGACGUGCCAACUGACGUUGCUGUUGAUCCCGACACAUGGCUCGACGUUCUGGGAAAGAUGAAGUCGCUCAGAAGACUCGAGCUGGCGAGUGCCACUCUAACACGCGCGUACUACCUCGACAGCGAGAACGAGGAGCUCCGACACAGAGGUCCCCCGAUUAAUCUCCCUCACCUCGAGUGGCUCAAGCUCGAGGCCCCGCUUCAUCAUAUCAACCAUUUACUCAGCUCCAUUGUAGUCCCAGCUGAAUGUGAAGUCAAUCUGGCAGGUUGUGGAUUUUCCUCUCUCAGCCCGACUUUCCACUCCCUUCUAACCUGGGUCGAUUCACGCAAAAUCGGAAAUAAACUUCAAGUUGCCGUUACCUCCGACUCUUUCAUCGUUCGGUCCAGUGGCUCAGAGGCCCCACCCUUCGAACUGUCUUUGCGCUGGAACGUGCCGUUGAUGUUCGCUGCCCACGACCGCCCGAUCGACCCACAGGACAUAUUCGGCGCGGUAACGGCUGCCUUAGCGAAGUCCUGUGGGACCGUGACAAAUUUGGACCUCACCUUCAGCGUUCCUAUCGACGGCGCGAAGCAGGGAGCGAUUCUCAGCAAAUUUCUCAGACCGUUCAGUAAUUUACAAAGACUCGGCGGUGUUUCCUCGAGCACAUUUACGUUCCUCCUGCCCUUUUUCCUGCCAUCGCUCCAGCUAGAGAAACCCAAGGAUGACGACACCUAUAUGUCGGAUUUUCUUCCGGCCCUCGAGUCGAUCUGGUUCGUGGGGAUCGACUUUAGAGACCCCGCCGGCCAAGGUCGAAGCAAGUACUGGGCCUUACUGUCCUUCAUCCACUACCGCUCCCGAAAGCCUGUCGCCUCAAGUGACAACGUAGAGAAGGAGUCUCCCAGACCAUCUCCUAUUUUUGAAGUGCGGCUGAGGAACUGCUUUGGGAUGGGGGAGAAGCAAAUGGAAAGUCUAGAAAACUUGGGCGUCCAAGUCCUGCCGAGGCGUUUUGGUCGGAAUUAG